UUUUCGUGCAGGCACGGUUUCAUUGCUUUUCCCAGAAUGCAAUGCGCAUCUGUCAUGGCUGCUUACUGACGCUUCUGUCGGCACAUGGAUAGCUAGAAACAAUCUCUGUCAGAUUCAGGCGUUGUGAUUCGCCUCAGUAAACAGGGUACCUGGAGCUGGGUCUGGUGUGGGACCAUCCUGGCUGCACGCAGGAGAUCCAGCCGACGUUCAGCAGAAACGAACAGUCAUGUUGAUCAGCGUAGAGAUUCCAGUACUGAGAGGCUUUCUGACAGCCAGCGAGGCUACGAAUUGGACACAAGACAUCGUUACUGAUGCAGAAGCGGGGCCCUUGCUGCGGGCCCUUCUGGACGGGGACUUCGAGGCCGUGCUGCUCAGCCCUCAGGUGGCAAACGUGCUGACUGGAGACGGCAGCUGCAGAGACGGGGAGGACAUAGAGGCCUACCUGGAGAGAUGCCUGCUGCUGUAUCUGACUGCCCAUGGUGACGGUCAGCCUAACAACAGGGAGCUUGUUGUCUUGGCCAUGGCCGUCUCCUGUCUCCACCUGUUCGCUCAGAGCAACUGGACCGGACCUCCAGUCUCUCUCCACAUGUGGGACCGGCUGCCUUCGGUUCUGCUGUCCUCUCGGAGUCCCCAGUUGUUGACGGAGGCGACCCUCUCCAGCCUGCUCCUCGACGGCGAGUCAGUGUACAGCCUAGUGGUCAACCCGUUCCUGCUGCUGCUGGCCAGGGUCAUUCUCACCAAGUGCUCUGCUAAAAUGGAACGCCUUCAGCUCCUGCCCUGGUGGACUCUCCGUUACAUCAACCUACACCAGCAGAUCCUGGAGGCUCGCUCUCCACAGCUCCUCAGCUUGGCCCACUGCAGCAUGGACAGAGUGCUGAAAUGCCAGUCGGCGUUGUCGGACCAGAGGAGCCUGGCUAUCCAGUUCCACCUGGAAUGUGCCUACAUCAGUCUGACCUACUACGAGUACGGGAGCGCCAAGGAGCACAUCAACACGGCCAAGGAGCUUUCCGGGCUCCACAUCAACAUGACAGGUGCUCUCGGGAAACGGACCCGCUUCCAGGAAAAGUUUUUGGCUCAGCUCCUCCUUGAGGUGAAAAGGCAGGAGGGGGAGGAGGAGGCUGAUCAGAGGGUCAGCGAGACCAGUCCCACUCCGACGCCACAGGCCAGCCUACCCAAAGAUUACCAUCUGGACGACGACACGCUGCUGGAUCGGAUCACUUUAGCUGAGCCCGAUCUGUACCAGCUGCCUGACCUGAGUGCUGAAGAGCAGGCCCUCGUCCUGGGUGUGUGCACCGACUUUCAGAAGAACAAUCCUGUGCACAAACUAACAGCAGAAGAACUGCUGGCAUUCACUUCUUGUAUUCUGUCCCAGCCAAAGUUCUGGUCUGUGGAGGUCACAGCACUCUGCCUCAGGACCAAACUAGAGAGAGGGAGAACUCGGUGUGUUGAGAGAGCCAUGAUGCAAACUCAGGUAAGGGGGCGGCCAAGAGGGGGACGUCUAAUGCACCUUAUACAUUUGUAUGUGUUUUGCGACGGAUGUCGCUAGAGUUGGAAAAUAUGA